GCGGGGCUUUGGCUGCUGCGUCAUCUUAUCAGGAAGAAACGCAUCAGUCAACAGAGAGCGGAGAAGCGGGCUGAGUAAGUACCUGAAAGUCUCAUGCUGGAUGAAAUAUCAAGCCUCUAAGGUCUAGUCCUAACAAUCUCUGUCUGUUUGUUGGUGCAUUAUGCCUGAGGAGAUGUCGAGGCCUUUAAUCCGAGGCAGAGUUGACGGAGGAGGCUCCAGACAUCUUGAAGCCUCCAUGUCUGAAGCUGGCGCUCCAGUUAUUGGCAUUCUGGGUACGGGCGACUUCUCCCGCUCAUUGGCUAGGAGGCUGGUGGCCUCUGGUUACCAAGUAGUGGUGGGGAGUCGAAACCCCAAACGCUCCGCGGCUUUGUUCCCUGAAGAGGCCGAGGUGACCUCCCAGAUGGAGGCAGCCAGCCAGGCAGACCUGGUCUUUGUCGCUGUGUUCCCCGAGCACCACUCCACGCUGGUGGACCUGAAGCCGACACUAGCUGGAAAGACACUGGUGGAUGUCAGCAAUGGUUUGAGAAUCAACCAAGACGGGCCUUCGAAUGCCGAACAGCUGGCCGACCUGUUUCCAGAGAGUUCUAUAGUCAAAGGGUUUAACACCAUAUCAGCCUGGACGCUCCAGAUGGGACCUCGGGAUGGAAGCAGGCAGGUUUUAUUGUGCAGUAACAGUAGCAAGGCCAAGACCUCGGUGAUGCAGCUCUGUCGCAGAAUGGGCUUCAUCCCCAUUGAUAUGGGCCUCCUCUCUUCUUCUCUGGAGAUCGAAAACCUCCCCCUCUAUCUAUUUCCCUCCUGGCGCAUCCCAGUCCUCUGCACCCUUUCCUUGUUCAUCUUCUUUUACACGUACAACUUCCUCCGGGACGUCCUGCAGCCCUACGUCACAGCGCAUAAGAAUGUUUUCUACAAAAUGCCCAUUGAGACCGUUAACGUCACUCUUCCCUCCGUGGCCUUGGUGAUGUUGGCGCUGGUCUACCUGCCUGGUGUGUGUGCCGCUUUCCUCCAGCUGUGGUCUGGCACCAAGUACAACCGCUUUCCUAAUUGGCUGGACCGGUGGCUCACCAGGAGGAAGCAGCUUGGACUGUGUAGCUUCCUGUGUGCAGCUCUACACGCCAUAUACAGUCUGUGCCUCCCCAUGAGGAAGUCUGCCAACUUCAAACUGCUCAGCGCUAUAAAACAGGGGAAGGACUUGUGGAUUGAAGAGGAGGUUUGGAGGAUGGAGCUCUAUCUCUCCGUGGGCAUCAUGGCCCUCGGGCUGCUCUCUCUGCUGGCUGUCACCUCGCUGCCCUCAGUGGCCAACACUGUCAACUGGAGAGAGUUCAGCUUCAUACAGUGCACGCUGGGUAACUGCGCCCUGUCCCUGGCCACCCUCCACACACUCCUCUUUGGCUGGGACCGUGCCUUUGAUCCGGCCCAGUACCGCUUCUACCUGCCUCCUACCUUCAUACUGGUCCUGAUUCUCCCCCUCACCGUCCUGCUGGGUCGCCUGGCUCUCUGUGUGCCCUGCGUGGCCAGGCGGCUUGGACAAAUCCGCCGCGGCUGGGAAAAGACCAGACACAUCCGCUUCACCCUGCCGGACGAUGACUGCUGCAACGGGCUGGAAAAUGUCAGUAAUGUGUGAGAAACACACUGUAAGAUGUGUGUGUGUGUGUGUGUGUGUCUGUUCAGAUCCACACAAAAAGUUGUGAAAGUAGAGCUCCUUAUGUGUGCACUCAUGAAUAUGAAGACCACUCACACAGGAGAUAAAUGAUUUAUACACCCAUGGAAUGUAUUGAAGGCCCCUCUCUAAGUCCCACUGCAAGAUUUCAGAGAUGUGUGAGCUUCAUUGAUCAGAUUAGCCGGUAGUUCCUAAGAGAUAUUUGACCAGUAGAGCUGUGGUCGUCAACCUUAUUGCACUAUGCAUCGUCCCUAAUCAGUAUUUAGUUAUGCUUUCUACUUUAAUUUAUUGUUAUGUACUCUAUUUGAAGAACUGAAGGAGAACAAUAUUAGCUUCUGGUAUCAAUUAUGCAAAACAGUCCCUGUUACACUUCUAAUGAACCUGCUGAAGACUUUAUGCACAGAUUCCAUAUGUGAAUAUUUGAAAUAUGAUUUCUUGCCUUGUGCAUUCCUGUCGAAUAAUUACAUUUUCUUUUUGCACUUCAGGACUUCUACACAGAUUGAUUGAUUGAUUUUUUUUUUUUUUUUGUCAGCCAGUUGUCAACAUAGGCCAACAUUGUUUUCAUUUGGAUUUCCACUGGCAACAGUGUUUCAUUUGGCCUUGACAGCUUGUUUUGCAUACCUUUUGACAAUUUGAUGUUUGGGUCUGUAUGGAAGUUAUUUGGGUGAGGAGGGAGAUGAUGUACCCCGAUUUAAAUAUUUGAUGUCCUCCACCAUUACACAAAUUAGAAGUGUAGAAGUAGCGAUUACCACAUGUAUGUAGGAUAGACUCUAAUUGGCUAAAGGAUGUGUGCCUUUUUUACAUUCUAGCCAUUUUUGUGUUAGAACCAAGGAUUGCUAAAUGGAAAGCACCUGUUUUAUGCCUAAGGAAAUAAUUUUUUUCUGUGCAAAGUGAUGUAUGCAAAGGAAAGGGACAAUGGACGGAUUCCCUCCCUCGAAUAUUUUCUCUACAGUCCCUUACUCGGUGUUGUUUAGGAAUUGUUCCUCGCCAACUGAAAACCCAAAGACUGAAGCUGAAAAACACUGCUGCUGUAGCUGCCACGCUUGGCUGCAAUGUGUCGGUUUCCAAUGUCGUACAGACAAGUGGUUACACAACUUUUAGAAAACGAUCAUUGACACCUUGCCUUUUUGUAGAUGUUUCUCUUUUACAUGGUUACCAUGUCAUUUUGUGACUGAGUGUGAACUGACCUGCUGAUGAAGUACCCAUCAGCACCCAUUUGACUUAUAAAAAUAUCAAUAGGCUGUUACACAACUGUUUAAUAGUUUUUCAUUAUGAGCAUGAAAAGCACCGUUUUCAGCAAUUUUGUUUUAUGAUUCGAGUUUGUAUGUUAUCAGUUUUGUGAAUUUGCCAAAGAUGAUUUUCAUCGUUACGGGAUGGGUAGUAGUGAAAUUUAAGCAGUUUCUAACUCGAAUUAAUGCAUGAAUGGAAAUAAUUCAAAUGGAAAUUUUGAGAACAUAGAAUAAAGCAUUGUUUUCUACA